AUGUUCGAAGCUAGUCUGCUCUACACGGCUGUAUUCUUACAUAAAUGCAGAGCCAAACAGCACAAUCAUCCAAGUGACAAUGGCGACGACAAGCGUGACAGCAAAGGAAAUGGAGAUAUGGGGCUUCCUCAACCAGUGGCAUCAAAUCACAACGAUUUUGCUUCUCUGAUUCUUCAGGCUGACGAGCAUAUUAAGCAACAACCAGAUAGUACCAAACAAUACGCCAAAUUAAUAAGCCCACCAGUCUCGUCAUCUGCAAUUGAAAACCCUGGGAAAGUGGCGUACUUGCACGAAAAAUCAUCUUUGGCAAUUCUCAUGCAAGAUUAUUAUGGCACGACCAACGCUGUACACUAUCCCUUGCCGCAGGACGCCGCUAAUCAAUACAUGGCUACGAAAAUGAAUGCGGAAGAGAUGGAUAUCCUUGAAAAGCGAGGUGCACUACAACUCCCACCUAGAGAUUUAUGUGAGGAAUUGAUUGACGCAUACUUUAAAUGGGUAGCUCCGGUUAUUCCAAUCAUUAAUAAAUCGUGGUUCAUGCAAAGAUGGCAUGACCUUGACAAUCCACCCCCCUUAUUAUUAAUGCAGGCAGUCUUGUUGGCUGGAUCUAGAGUUUGUACCACAUCCAUGCUACUAGAUGCCAGUGGUUCUCCCAUUCCCGCUGCGACACUAUUUUAUAAAAGAGCAAAAGCCCUAUAUGAUGCUGAUUAUGAGGAAGAUAGAGUUAUCGUAGUCCAGGCACUUAUUCAUUUAGGAUGGUAUUGGGAGGAGCCAGGCGUUGUUACAAAAAACGUUUUCUACUGGAAUGGACUCGCGACCACUAUUGCUCAAGGUUUUGGAAUGCAUCGUAGUCCAAGUGGUUCUCGUCUCAGUCCAGCUGAUAAAAGGCUUUGGAAAAGGAUAUGGUGGACCUUGUACAUCAGAGAUCAAUCAGUAGCAACCGCACUUGGACGCCCGGCACACAUCAAUAUGGAAGAUUCCGAUAUAGAAAUGAUUCGAGAAGAAGAUUUUGCCGAUGAUCACACUGAACCUGGAGUUGAAAUACGAGUGCAAUUCUUUCUUCAAUAUGUGAAAAUAUGCCAGAUCAUGGACGAGAUACUCUUUCAACAUUACUCUUUACGAUCCAAGAAGCAGGGCAACGACUCGGUCAUACUCCAAAAUUGUGAUCAAGCUCUGAAUGAGUGGCUUCAAAAUUGCCCAAGGCAGAUCCGAUGGAAUCCCUCCAGCAAUAAUAAUUUCUGGUCCUCUUAUCUGUGUUUGGUCUACCAUACUACAAGGUGUCUUUUGUAUCGAGCAUAUUUGCCAUCCGUUAAAUCUUCAUCGGAACUCCGGGAGAAGCUCGAUGUUUCACAACACGCUGCUUUUCAAUCUGCAAGAGCAAUGACUUCAAUCGUAGAACAUAUGAUUUCACGGAACGAACUGAGGCAUGCUCCUCCAUUCUUAAUAUAUUCUUUACUGUCGGCCUUGAUCAUGCACAUCUAUGAGCUACAGAUUCAUUCGUCAUUCGAAAUAACCGAAGCGCGUAAAAGAGUUUCCAUCUGCAUGUCUGCUCUGGAGAAACUUUCUGAUAUAUGGCUAGUCGCUAAAAUGGUUCAAGGUCUUUUCGAAAGCAUUCUGAAGGCGGCAGGAUUCGAAAAUUAUAAAGUGCCCGUUGGCUUCGUUGGAAAUCCUUUACAUGGAUCGAAAUCAAUUGGAGAAUCCAAAGAAAACAGUCUUCCACUUACGCAUUCCUUGCUUGCACACCAAAAAGCAACUCUGGGUUUUAUAUCAGGUACGGGCAUAGGUAGUCCUAAAAAAGGUCAAAAGUCAGGUAGUAAUAACGACGGUAUCUCCUGUACUAAUGUGCCACCCGCGCCACAAGCCAAACAUCAGCCCGCUCCAUCAAUGCACCAUGAAAACGAAUUUUACAUCCCUGAUGCUAUAUGCCCUACUGGUACAAUACCGAAUUCAGUACAUCAAACUGUUCAAUACCAGGAUCCUACCUUUUCAGGGGACAUGAAUUACAUACUAAAUGAGCCGAUGACCACGUGGAUACAACCGGAUUUCCAACAAAUGAUUCCUAAUACUCUUGACGUCGCAGACUGGUUCGAAUAUUUUGGCAUGCGAUAA